CUUUUCGCUUGAAAACCGAUAGCGGCUGAGCCUUGACUUCAAACUGUCAUUGCCUGCCACUUGAGAAAGCGUCUUUUAUCGCUCGUGAGCAGUUAAAAGCAGGCUAACCCGACAAAGGAGCUAGAGAGUUUCGCACGUCAUCUUCGAACAAGGAGCAAUGGAUAGACGCACGUCAACUCUUGCAAUUCUCGUUAUUGUGUUGGGUAAGUUCCUAUGUUUUAAGUAAAAUUUCAUUCUUCGAUAUUGUUUAUUUUGCCGCUGUUUUGUGUGUAUGUAAUGCGCUCUGUAGAUGCUAUUAAAAUAUUUCGUGCGCAGAAGGAUUUUCACUUGGGGACUGUAAAACUGAUUAGCAUACGGUGCGCCAUGAUAUGUCUGUAACGUCGGUUGCACUUAUAUUAACAAAGAUCCACAGAUAGGCUGGUAUGAUUUUUUGGUGAAUACUCAUUGCGUUUGUAACCUGACUAAUGUCGACAAAAAUAGUAUAUUCAAUUAAUUUAUUUUGUUGUUUUUUUCCAACUGGUCUCGUUGGUGUGCUUGCUUGGUGUUUACUUAAACUUUCUCGUCGACAACAACAAUUCGAAAAUUGCAAUGUGAUUCACUUUUGGUACGACUUGAGUUAAGUGUUUUGGUACUCAGUUUGGAAAACAAUUAAACAUUUGUUUGCCACCAUAUGAUAUAAAUAGCAUGCUCACUUAUUUGUUACCAGCCUCGACUUCGUGCUAUUGUUUUUUUACAAGAGACUGGAGGUCUAUAUGAACUCGCAAAUUUUUUUCUCCACUUCACAACAUGCGACUAUAAUAUUUUAUAUUGUCCGUGGAGUUACCUCUCUAGUUAACAAACAUCGUUGUUUUCUGUGGUCAGGCCUGUAGACGUCCUUAUGAUUUGCGGCCGUACUUUUUAUAUAUAUUUGCCUUUGGCAAAAUUUAGGAUUAAAGUCUGGACCCCCCUAUCCGAGCUUUUAAGAUCUUUAUAAUAAAGAAAUGGUGACUGAUUGUUCAUUUAUUGAAGACGUAAUGUCUAGGAACUCGGCAAACUUCAAAGUACUAAAUAGAAAAACUUUGUUUAUUAUAAAGCUCUGUUUAAAUCCUGGCUUAAUUUGAGUUUGAUUAAUUUACAGUCAAAAUAACUAUGCACAGAUUAGCAGUUUGGUCCUCAAGCAAAUAGCUUUCCUCCUUAGCUGCAAAUGAUCAAUGAUGUCUAAGAAAAAUUAAGAAGAAAAUCCUGUAUUACUUAACACUUAGCAAUGAUAGGUCUUUGAUUGCAGUGAAAUGGGGAUAGGUCUAUUUGUGCUUGAACAUUUCUGUCGAGGGACUGCCCCCAGACUUUAAGAAGAAAUUGGUUUGAUGUUAGUAGAUAUAAACGCUCCCAUGCAUAUUAUUCUUUGACUAUAUGAACUAUAAUAUAUUUAGUCUCAGACACCCACUACCAAAAUCAAUACAUGCAUGCAGAUCAAUUAGCCCUCUCAACUCAUAGAAUCCCGGUAUAGAUUUAUAUGCACACCCUCACGUUUUCAAUAAUAAUUCGCCCCGUCUAGCCUGCUGAAGUACGUCUGUAAUCCAACACACUUUUAGCUUCCUCUACUUUAUCUUGUAAAUUACUAAUGGCUUUGGGAAAUUGGAAGGAUAACUUUCCGGAUGGCUUAACAAAAAUUCACAGAAUAUAAGGGAUGCGACUACGAGGAAAAUAUCAGCAGAACUUCGAGCCUUUCGUCGGCCUUCACUAGAAUAGAAUCAAAGGUUACAGUGAAUGAAGCAAACGUCUUGACCUUCAAAUCGUGACAUUGACAGGCUGUUAUCUACAACGCAUUAAAUGUAAAUCUUUCAAUUUUUUUAUUUCACAAAGAUCGUUCUAGUUGGCAUAUUGCCACACGUUAGAUUGUGUUGGUCUUGCGCUCGUGUAAAUUCCACUUUAAAAGGAUUUUUUCACAGGAAACCAUAAAAUUUUAAGCGAGAAAAAAACCCAUAUUAGUCCUGGAAUUCAAUUUUUAUCCAACUUUGACGCAUGGCUGGGCUCUUGAAGGCAAUAAGAUUUAACACCUGCUCGAAAUAAUGAUUAUCCCUGAUUACAAUACAAAACUGGUAUGUCCACCUGGUAAAACUUGUUAGUAUCUUAUGAGGGUUCAAACUAUAGGCUGCACCAAACAUUCUAUAUAAAAAUAUCAGUGAUGUUUUUGGAGCUGUUGAAUAAACUCGUGCGGUGGAACUCUAAAUACGUGACCUUAAUUCUCGUAAGGGCCACCAUGUUCAAACUGAUGUGUUAGUUCAUCCAACUAUGUUGAAUGUGAUGUUGGAGCAACAUAUUGGACUGGUUUAAACAUGUCUUUUUGAUUUAAGCGUUAUUUCUCUAUUUAUCCGCCUUUCGCCAAAUUUAGGAUUAAACUAGUCUGGACCCCCACUACACGAGCUUUUAAGAUGUUUAUACAAAGGAAUAGUAAAUCUUUGUUCAUUUUUUGAAGACCUAAUCACUAAUGUAAACGAAAUUUAUCACAAAGGUGGCCUAUACUUUCUACACGGUUUUUUUUUUACCCUGGCAUCAAGUGAUCAAGACGUAUUAUUAAUGAGGUUGAGAAGUUUUUAAUAAACUCGUUCUAUCACUUCUAUAUGUUUACUAAACGUACACAUAAUUAAAGUUGAAGUUAAAAGUUCAUAUUAUUGUAUAUUUAAGACGUGAGGUAGCUAUGUUCUAGGCAGGAACCGAAGCUUUAAUUGAACCAAAUUUCGUCAAGGCAAUGCUAAAUUUGUUCCCGUGGCUAAUUUCCAUUGCAAUGGCCACCUAAAACUGACAGACAACUAACUAUUGAUGGGGACAGAGUUGCGUCCGGUAUGGAAACAUGAAUUGUCUGAAUUGUCUCCAUUGAAAACACUUGUAUCGGUGGAAAAUCAGCGGGAAACCAGCAUUUAGUAUUGAACGACAGGGAUAUAUUAGUCUAGAACACUUGGGCGUUCCGGCCUCUCAAGUGUAUACUAAUACGCUCAAAGUUUAUAAAAUCAAUAAACUUCGCAAUUCACUUGUUUCUGUUUAUAUGUUGGCGUAUUGCUGAAACGAUGGUAUAGAAUUGGUAUAAUGCUGAAGUGGCAAUUAUACAGCCGUAGUUGGUGAAACUGAUAGGCCCUGAUAAUUAAAUGAAUCGGAGCUCGUUCCGGGUUCUGCAUGAGUUAUGCUAUAAAUGUAUACCAGUAGAAAUUUAUGAAAAGUUCACCACGUUGAUGCAAUUUAGUAGUUUCCUGUUUAUAUUUAUACUUAAUGAGUAAAACGUUUGUAUACAAUCGCUGAAUGGUGAAAUCUUAACCUGAGGUUGUUUAUACAGAUUUAGUGAUAUGAGUAAAGCAUAUGUCCCUAGGUCAUUUUUGCAAUUUUGGGAAGUUGAUGUACCGAGUCCAUGAUAUGACUGUGUACAUGCAUGCAUACUUAAUGAGUAAAGCGUUGGUAAAGCGUUGGUAAAGCGUUGGUAAAGCGUUGGUAAAGCGUUGGCAAAGCGUUGGUAAACGCUGCCAGGCUGAUGACGAACUAUCUAUAUCACAGAGAAACUUGCGUAUGUAGUUUGUCUUGGUUGGUAAUCUCUAUAUAUCAGGAAACAGGAAACUAUCAGUCAUGAUUUGUUUUCAGAAACAAUUUGCCGGUAUAUUAGUCCUUCUUAUAUAGUUCUUCUUUUGUUUAUAUUGGGGAUGAUCCGUCAGCCGGAUAAUGAAUAUCUGUCUCUCGGGCAAAUUAUUCCAUCUAAGCGGUUCUUUUUCUUGUUUUGCAUGGCGAUAAGACAAUCGAAUACCACUUGAGAACGAAUUUUUCGUUGUUGUCUGCAGUCUCAGAAUGAAUAUGAAACUAAUUUGUCCUCCAAGACAAACGUUAAGUCGUCGCGACAAAUAUGCCAAUCCCCAUUGAAACCCGAAGAAUUGCGAAGAUGCGAAUCCUGCUCGAUGGCAGACGAUGCAAUGUCAAUGAAGUUUUUGUUCUUCUCUGCAGUCUCAGAAUAAGAUGAAACUUUGCAUGAUUUAUGGAAACAGUUGCACGUAUAUUUAUUAUUGCAAAGCUUUCGAUCCGUAAGCCUAGGGCAGAUCUUCAUUAGCAUGCACUAAUGGGUACGGAUCGAAAACUUUCCAAAAAUAAAUAUACGUGGUAUUUCCGAAAACCAAUAUUUCGUUCUAUAGCAUAUUAAGAACUGCUUACUAAAACUAACACAGAUCGUUUAUAUCGAAAAUUCAUUUCCUUUCCAUAAUCCAGUGGUAAACACAUUCCACAGCCUUCCUAUCAUUACUUCAUUUACAGAUUUUAUCUGCAUGGUUAAAAGGUCGCCUCGUCGAACAUUCGCCGACCUUUCAACGACACCAGUGUCGACAAAUUUAUAUAUUUGCACGCCACGGCACACACAUUGACACAUGUGUUGUUAUGAGGAGAAAAUUUUAAUUCUCCACUUAUUUUUAGUUUUAAUUUGGCGAAACAUAAUUUGCCGCACUUAUAUUAAGAAAACAAAUAUCAUAAUUAGUAUUAUUGAAAUGGAUCAGUAAUUCAAACACUAUGAACCUGUAUUGAUGUUAAGUAUGUACUUGUGAUAAAAACUUAAUUAAAAUAGCUCCAUCAGUGCUACAGAGUCCGAAGUACGAUAGAAAAUGUGUUUGGUUACGUGAAUGUUUGAGUAAAACUAAGUAGAGCUUUCUCCGGCUGUAGUAUCAAUGCUCGAAUAUAAAGAAUUGCCUUAUUGGACCUUAAGGGAAAGACCUUAGACAGAAUUGAGUAAAACUAUGCAGUAUAAAUACCGUUAGUUAGUUUAGCAAUUAAGGAUUGAAGUGAGCCACCUUCAAUUCUUCACAAGUGGUAAUAAAUUGCUGCGAAAAGACUUUUUCCUCAUGGUCUACAUCACUACAUGCAAUUUCAGUGUUUGCCCGAUGAAACGAGGCCAACAUGUUGCUUCAACAUUGUCGCAUGUAGUAAGAUCGUUGACCUCGUUUGGACACUAUCACGUGUUGAGAAAUGGCCACUGUUGGAUCGAGUUGCAUAAACUUUGUUUAAUUUAAAAACAGUUCCACAUGUUGGACUCGUUUGAACGUGGCUUAGUAUAAUCAAUCAAUAUUACUCCAACCCACGAUUGUACAAGUUGCAAAAAUGUUUUUACGCUCUAACAGUUAAACUAUACCAUAUGCGAAUUGUCAACUGUUGUAAAUUACGGUGUUUACUUUAACAAAUAUAUUUAGCUCAAAUCAUGCUAUUUGUAUUUGUAUUUGUAUAGUAAUUAGAUUGAGAGAAUAGAAGUGCCCAUAUAUAAUACCUUAAAGAUGCAUGCUAUUAAUCUAUUACAUGCAUUGUAACACUAUGACACUUAAUUAUUACGAUACUUGUAAUUCUCAUCGAUAAUUCAUGAGGAAAACACAACCAUGCUAUGUAUUUGGCCAAACACGACCAGCUUGUAUAUUUGAUGCAAAAUCCUGCUGGCUUAUAUAAACUUUAAGUUCAUUUUUUCCACCACGUAUAAUUAAGAUUAUUGAAGAAUGCGGACAUUUUCAUCAAGACGAAUCACUUUCCCGCAUACUACAUCACUCAUUUUACGUAUAAACUCGAUACCUUGUUCUACAUCACUGGACAAUGCAGUAUUUCUUGUACAUGGCAAAACAAAAUCAGUUUAAAUUUUCAUAGUCAAGCUGUUCUUGCUUGGCAAAACACUUGCAUUCUCAGUUUGCAUUCUCAGUGGAAGGCGGGCCUAAAGUCAGUAAGACUGUGAUUUCAAACUUUAUAACACAUGUAGCGUUGUGUGUAUGACAUGAUACUCAAGCAAAGCAAAACAAUUGAUAUGUCAUGUGUAAAAAGGAUUAAAGCAUGCUGGGUAAAUUCAACGUUUUGAUAGAGGGUGCAUAACCAGGGGUAAAAGGUCAUGCAUUGAUUUCGAAGGAAUACUUUGCAGAAUUCGGAAACUACAGUGGAAUUUCCGAAAUCCUGCUGUUGUUAUUUUAUUUUAAUUCAUGUAAAGUAUCCGUUUGAUAAGGGACCUGUCACAAAAAUAUUUCCUGACUGGAUAUUAAACUUUAGUUUUGGAAAUAAAUUUAACAUUCUUUACAAACUUGAGGAAAACGUUUUGCACCCAUUCAAAUGUUGAUAAUACAUUCCGUGCCUUUCCUGUGGCGUUUUGCAUAACUCAUGGUCUGCAUGCACACUCGAUGACUUCGUAAGGUGUCUUUAUGACUCCAGCAGGCUAGAUCUCAAAAGCUUAAAAGUUAGUAAAACAAUCCGCGUUUUAAUCCUUUUUCCGCGUUCAUGAUGCCAUACGUCUGCAAUUCCGGACCCGCGUUUUAUAUGAAACCGUAACUAAAUUCAAUAUACAAUGCAAAUAGUGCGAAAAAGUUAAUCCGCUUGAAAAAAAAACACUUCAAACAUCUGUUCUCAUUUUGAGUUACCACGCAAACGGCACUUCCACAACAAUAUACAAUACACUUUAUACACACAUCAUUAUUGCGUGCAAAUAGUGCGAAAAAGUUAAUCAGCUUGAAAAAAAACGUUUAACGCGUGAGGUAUCUUCAGACAUCUGUUCUCAUUUCGAGUUUAUCACGCAAACACCGCUUCUACCACUUCUACGUUGCUGUGAUUUAGAGCGGAAAAGACGUGCGCGACCCACGCAAACUGCAAGAAAAUUGUUUAGCUUAGGAUGUUUACUCGAGUUUCAGCUUGGUUGCUGGGCUAUGGCUCUUGCGGUGCAAACACGCAUGAUCGUACGGAGUGGUCAAGACGUGAGGAGCCAGGAGUACCGACGACAUUCUAUGGAUGUACUUUUGCGCAAAGUUAUGCUCGAACAGUACGUAAGUAAGUAAGUAAGUAAGUAAGUAAAAACUUUAUUUGUCUACGCUAACCCCUACAGCAAGAGCUGAUUUCCAAGAGGGGCGUAGGUUUAAAAAUACAAACGUUACACUCAAUUAGGAUAAAUAUAUAUACAAGACUAACACAUUACAAUACAAUUAUACAAUUAUAAUUACUCUACUAUGGUCAAAUAAAUAAAAUUUCAUAAACUCAUUAUCUAACUGGCCAGGUGCCGCACACUUAAGUUAAAUUGACUAAGAGAACAUUUAUUUCUUAGUCUAUCUGGGAGGCCAUUCCACAAUUUUGCUCCUCUAUAACUAAGACCUUUUUUAAGAUAUUCGGUCUUAGGUUUGGGCAGGUAGAGAUUUGUGGCAUAACCUCGUAAGUUAUAAUGUUGAGACGAAGGCGUCUUUUGAAACAUAUCAAUUAGUUGUUUGGGCGCUAGAUCGUGGGUUAUUUUGUACAUGAGACUUGCUACAAAUUGAGUUCUGCGUUCUUUCAAUGUUUUCCAGUUUAGUUCAUUUAAAGCAAGUUCAGAUUGGCCGUGUUCGUUUUUACGACCCGUAAUUACUCUAGCAGCCCUAUUUUGUAAUUUUUUGAGGCGAUCAGAGAGUGUGAUACCAAUAGUAUCCCAAACUUCGCAGCAGUAGUCGAAGUGGGGCAAUAUAAGUGCGUUAUAAGCACAUAUUAAUGUAUUAUGGUCCACACAGGGUUUGAGUCUUCUGAUCGCUCCAAUUCCGGAUGAAACCUUCUUAGCAAUUUUGUCAGUACGGAGUAAUAGUAACUCCGAAGAUAGUAAAUAUUUAUCAGCAAUGCCAACCCCUGAUACCUUCCAAGCUUUCCUAUGAUUUACACGCAUUUAGCACGUGGUGAUAAACGUGUGUUAUAUUUUUGUGUCUACUUGGCAGUAUCCGCCAUAGUCAGUGACAAGAUGUGGCAAAGGAUUCGUGGAUUCGCAUUUGUCACAUUGCCACGCAGCAACAUUUGGGCUGAAGGCGAAGCUGCCUCAUAUUGCUCAGCCUGUAAUUAAGGAAUGAGUAUACAGUCGCAGACAAGCUGGCAGCCGAUCUGUUUUGGUUAAUUACCAAGUUAAUUACAAAGUCUGCAUGAUUACUGGGUCUUCAUCAGGAAGUUAUGAGAACUAUCAUUAACCUCCUUACAAAGGAGGCUUUGCUCUGUCAACCUCGGAAUGUUUUCACUUAAAAUGUCGUUAGAGUUCCACCAUCCACUGAUACACCCCUGCUUUAAAACUUUGGAAACUCAUGCGCACCCAAGAUUUCGCGGAAAAUUUUUAUCAUAAACAUCAAAACUGCGCGCUUGAGAAUUGAGAUCUUGGUUGCGCGAUACAAGCUUUCAACCUCGCUAAUUUUCGCAGUGGCAUACACUAUCACAAACUCACGGAGACUUGAGCUUGCUAGAAGUGAGUUAAUUUUAGUAUUGACAUCUCUGUUCCUUUUGCUUGUCUGAGAUUAUGAAUUUCCGCCAAACAUUUCACACAAACACUUGAAGUUGAAUUAUCUUGUUAUUAAUCAGGCAAAUUUAAUGCGCCCUCGUAAAUGAGGGUGUCGCAAGAUCAUAAAAAAAGUAGCAAUCUAUGCAAAGGCGGGUGGCUGAAGAAGAGGUUGUAAAUCCCCCUUUCAGACAGAUCAGACGUGAAUGGUUUUCACAAAUAUUCAGUUUUAAGUUGUAUUCUCAAGCAUGUUUAAAAUCUUCAAUAUUUCGUUGUUUUUUAGCUAUCACGAGAUUUUCCCACCAUAUUUCGACAGCUCAUCAUUCUUACGAAAUUAUUAAGAGCGCGCCCCAUUACGCACACGCAGCGGACAGUGUCAAAUGAUCGCAAAUUAUGAAAGUAUAUGAUACUUGUUGAAAGAAACUCGUUCACACGGCAUGCACGCCGACACAAAUGAGAAAAACUGCUUCGUGCUCGGCGAGGUAUGUGUCUUCACCUCUUUCAUUCGGUCACAGAGCGAGUGAAGGACAUGUUCUGUUAGUCUGUUACCACUACCAGCACGUUUCAGAAUUUGCUUUAUCUUUUCAGUAUAAAAACUAUAAAAGUUCAUAUUAUUGCAGGUAUAUUUCAACACAUCACCAGAUUAGAAAUUAGUUCUGUCUCAUCAGUAUACCACUUAUUUUCGAGAGCUAACAAAAAUAUAUAAAUAUAGAUAAAUCUGCUCUAAAAUAGAUUAUAAAAUAAUACAUACUAUAGUACUAAAAUAAGACAGGACUGAAGAAGCCUAGUCUAACUGAUGGUCAAAACAUAUUUAUAAAUAGAACAUUUGACUGUGGCGGAACGUUUUAAGGGCAUCUACUCAACCUUGAGGACUUGUAAUGAAAACUGUAUAUAUCUUUAUCUACAUCUAUCUAUAUAUAAGUGUUUUUCAGUUGGCAUAUGAAGUGUUUUUCUGAGUUGGCAUCUGUUUCUUUCUUCUAUCAGAAUGUCAGCAGUGUCUGUGAAGGUAACUCAGGCACCGCGCGCAUGCUUUUCAUGGCGAUGGCGAUGGCGUAGUCAGACAGGAUCUGUGUCUUUUCUAUCAAAAUGUCAGAAAUGUCUGAGUAACUCUUAGGGUCUAAUUCUCUUGCUGUUGUGUUAACCUGCAUAUCGUGUGAAAACGCCAAAUAUAGUCAUUGCAAAAACAGAGAAAUUCAAACUGGAGUAAUCUUCCACAGUCAAACUACACCUUACUACGUCCGAGACUACGUCAAUAAUCCAGUUUCCGACACUGUCCUGCAAACAUAAUUCUGUCUUGCUUUCUUUUUGAAAUUAUUCUAUGCUGGUCUUAUUAUUUGCUACCAUUUCCAAGACUAUGCUUUCUAUUAAUUUAUAUCCUACUUCUGAGUAUACACUGAGUAUGUUAGCGGUGAUAUUGUAUACUGGAAUGUGAAAAUCAUUCAUUUUAUAGUAUAACCUUUCGGAAAGUGCAUCACUUUUCCUAUAGAGCCUCGUUUUCGUGCACGUGACAUUAAUUAAAGCCUAACAUCUCAAUCACUAUUCAAUCAUGAAAACGAGGCUCUAUAGCCAAGGUGACGUGUUUUCCGGAAGCGUAUAUUAUCUCUGAGUGAAAACAUUUCGUCUUAUUUCAGCAGCAACAUUCAUAUUGGAAACAGACGCGAUAAAAGCAAGCAACCAAACUGACGAAUGCUACAAGCCUUGCCGAGUGAAGACUUCGCCAGUCUGUGGAAACGAUGGUCGCAACUACACAACUGGAUGUCAUCUGAGUGUCGCCCGCUGUAGAGCAAGGAAGAUUGGUCAGCGCCUUUACCCUGUAAAUACAGGCUAUUGUCAAUCCAGUAAACCUGUCAGUCAGUGUCACUUGAACUGCACACAGCGCAGAGUACCGCUCUGCGCAAGCGACGAUAAAACGUAUAAAAACCCGUGUCUUUUCAAGAGAGCGAAAUGUGAGGCCAGAAAGAGAAAAGACCCUCCUUUAACAGUGCUCAGCAGAAGUAAGUUCUACAGAAAGGCGCGUGAUAUUUAACAACAGCAACAGCAACAACAUGAAUAACAACAGCAACAACAACAGCAGCAACAACAACAACAACAACAGCAACAGCAACAACAACAACAACAACAGCAACAACAACGACAACAACAACAACAACAACAACAACAACAACAACAACAACAACAACCCGGAAAAAGUUGACUGACAGCACUUUUCCCAUAUGCGAUUUCGACGAAAUUUUAGUCAGACAACUGCAUACCGCUGAGAACGAACCCCGGGCGCAGGAUACAAAGGCCCGUUACGAUUCCAAUUUUUCUGCGAUUUUUAUCUUCUGAUGCAUGUGAACGAGUGAAUGAGUUAUGAAUGUUCUGAGUAUGUGUACUCUUAUCUGAAUAUGCAUAACUCAUCCACUCGUUUCCAUCCAUCAGAAGAAGAAAAUCGCAGCAAAAUGCAGGAGCGUUUAAGGCUGGUUUAUACUAUCAAAAUUUCUGUGAUCACAGUAGGAAUUUUGCAUGGCAAAGUUUUGAAUGAUUUGUAAGAAAUGUUUGCAGGAACUCAAAAUUCCUACUGUGAUCACAGAAAUGAUAGUGUAAACCAGGUUUGACCAACACCCACGUCCAGAUGAAACCAAUUAGUUCAAAUCUUUCAAACCAAAAUUGUUAUUCCUUUCUCAGGAGGCCCGUGUGUGAAGAAAGCGUCGUUAUGUCGACCAUACUCAUCUUGUCCAAAGAUUAAACGACCAGUUUGUGGGUCAGAUAACAAGACCUACCAAAAUAUUUGUCACUUAAAAGGGAAAAACUGCCGACUCAAACGUGAGGCAAAAGGAAAGAAAUACAAAAAGUUGACCCUUAAAUAUUGCGGCGCUUGCGGACGAGGCAAGCGAUGCGCUGCAGCAUGGACACAAAAAUGUCCUGACGUGAAAUUUUGCGACCAACUACUGAGAGCCGCCGUGCGUUAUGCAGAAGCCAAGAAAGCUGCGGACCCCAAUCCCGUGAAGAAAAAUUCCAAAGGAAAUAACCAAAGGGUCCCACGUUUGCCGAAAAAGAAAACGAAAAAAACGAGCACGAAGAAAACGAACACGAAGAAAACAAACACGAAAAAAACAAGCACGAGGAAAAACCCCACAAAAAAGACAAAUAAGAAAACAAAUUCGAAAAAAACAAGCUUGAAGAAACUCCUCCUCAAAAAGCCAAGCCCCAAAACCAACAAGAAACAAAACCCCAAAACCAGUCCUAAAACGAGCAAGAAGCCCGUGAAAAUUAUCCCUAAAAAGAUGUUUCAGAUGUGCGGGUCAGACGGCGAAACCUACCAAAGUCUUUGCCAUCUGCAGGUUGAGCAGUGCAAUAAGGUGAACAGGUGUCAGCGGUUGCAAAUGAAGCACAAGGGAGCAUGUAAGAAACGGCCAGGCCGGAGAACCUAGCGCAAGGAAAAUACGUUCAUUAUUAAAAUGUGUAAGGAAUGCAAGUUACAGAUAGGACUGUGCAAAAAAAAAGAAUUAGUUGUGGAGGUGCUUGUAUGAUAAAGAUAAAUUUGAAUGUAUUAUUUUAAUAUUUUAACUUUCAACUUCAUAUAAGUAAUCUGCGCCGAAUACUUUGUAGCAAUUAAAUUACAGCAAUAUAAUUUUACAAAACAAUGUUCUCGCGGUUGUAAUUCGACCAGAAACAUAGAAAUACACUAAAACAUCUAUUGAGAAACACCUAGAUUAAUCAUAUAUGCGAUGAAACAUUAUGAGAUUACAAAGAAGACGAAAAUAACCUGCACGAAGAAUAAUUUUUCUCUCUUGUGAGAGCGUUUCUCUCUGCAGGAAACAGUGUGACCAGACAUUUUGCAAGGUAAUUACUAAAUAAGCAUGCAAAAAAUUACCAAAACGUAGAAAAAAUUACUAAAUUUCUGCCGUCAACCAAAGUGGUCUGAAAAUCAAUGAAACAUCUCAGCAAAACAAAAUCAGUAAAACGCUUUCCAUCACUGAAACUAUGUUUUUUCCAUGUUUUUCUUUUUCACUUGUACUUUUUGAUUGCAAUUGUACAAAAUGCAAAUAUGGCGCCGCGAUGAUCGGGCCCGUGGUCCCGGGUCCCUAGCUCACAAUCAGCACAGGGUGAGUGGUGAUCAGCACGAUUCCGUCGAUUCAUCUGGACAGCUUGGGCCAGCAGCAUGCAAUUUGGAUGUACAGCUUUGCAGACAUGGAGUUGCAAAAGCAGACAUGGAGUUGCAACUGUUCUCAUUGAAUUUUUGAAUAACAAAUAAAAAAAAUACCAAAAAUUUUCAAUUACCAAAAAAGUCAGAAAAAUCGCGAAAUAUUACCAAAAGUAAUUAAAAUUACCAAAUCUGGUCACACUGGCAGGAAGUCUUGUCGUACAAAUUUGUAAUUGUGUGUAUCAUCUUAUAUAUGGUAUGGUAUAUGGCGUAUGACUUUUCAAUGCAGCAAAUUAACAGAAUAGCUUCUCUAUUUGUCGUCUAAAGAAUGACGCAACUUACCGCUAUUUUGAAAACGUUGUUGUUAGUAGUACCAUUGGACUUACUAUCACUUAUAUAUUUUGCUGUAAACGUUUUUCAGCGUCAGACGAUGCAGAAAUCUUGUGGAUAGGGUGUAGUUGUAAAAUAGAAAAUCCAUUCAUUUCCUGAUUAAUUAAACUAUUACCGAAUAUGC